AUGGCGCCGCCAGAGGUUCGGCGCCGCUCCCGCAGAUCUCAGAAUCGCCCUAACGAGCCCCGAAAGGCUAGGCGUCUGGGUCACCGCGGCGCAGUCCGCCAUCCGUCGGCCGCGUACCGGUACAAUGCGGUGUAUGCAGGGCGUGCUGCAGAGCCCAAUGCGCAAGUGACAACAACGCAACUCGCUGGAGUGCAGCAGCGACCCGCAGAAUCUGGGCAUGAAGGUGCGGAUUUUCGGGAGCCGCACGAUAUUGGACGAACAAACACGGCGGCUCAGGAGGUUUUCAGCAGGAAUGCCCUUGACCAGAGCUUCAAUAGCACCAGCUUAAGAGACACGUGCUGGUAUAUACCGCGUAAGACUGCCUACUGCGUGAUACUGCCCUCUGCUCCUGGUUCUAUCGACGCUACCUACCUACCAAAUCCAAGUCGAGCGAGGCUCCACGAGACAACACAGAGAGGUGAAAACAUGUACAGUUGGAAGAGGCUGUUCUACACUGUAUCGUAUAUGCUUCAAGCCAUGUCUUCUUGCCCGCCGGAGUCUAAAGCCUUAGUCGAGCAAACGUGCCGGUACGUAGGUGCUACUUCCCGCUAG